AUGUCGUCAUUUACUACUAGAAUAUUAAACGUUAGACCAGAAUCUAUCGCAUUCAAUUCAGAUAAUAAUCUACCCAUAAUAUCUGAUCAAGAAACCAAAGAUAAUUUAGAUAUUGCAGCUAAUGAACUAACAACAACUAAUAAUGCAAUCGGAUUCCCCACAGAGACAGUUUAUGGAUUAGCUGGAUCGGCCCUUAGUGAUGAAUCAGUGAGAUCUAUUUAUAGAGCCAAGAAUAGACCAGCAGACAAUCCAUUAAUUGUUCAUAUAUCAUCCAUUGAUCAAUUGAAAAGAAAACUAUUACCAUCAGAUUAUGAAAUACCAGAAAUUUAUAAACCAUUAAUUGAAAAAUUCUGGCCAGGACCUUUGACUAUAUUAUUACCAAUCCAUCCAAAUUCACCAAUAUCUUCAUUAGUCACUGCAAAUCAAGAUACAUUUGCUGUAAGAAUGCCUAGUCAUCCCGUAGCGAGAGCAUUGAUUGCCAUUAGUGAUACCCCAAUUGCAGCUCCUUCUGCAAAUGCAUCAACUAGACCUAGUCCUACGUUGGCCCAACAUGUAUAUAAUGAUUUACAAGGGAGGAUCCCUUUAAUUUUGGAUGGGGGUGCGUGUGAUGUUGGAGUUGAAAGUAGUGUCGUGGAUGGAUUGGUUGAUCCUCCAAUGUUAUUGCGACCAGGUGGGGUUUCAGUUGAAGAAAUUAAACAAUUUGGAGGUGAGAAAUGGAAAAAUAUCGUAUUGGCCAAAAAGACAGCUGGGAAAUUAGAAGCUGUUAGAACUCCAGGGAUGAAGUAUAGACAUUAUUCACCAAAUGCAAAAGUAGUAUUAUUUACUAAUUGUAAAGAUGGAAUUAAUGAAAUUGAUCAAUAUUUAAAGAAGAAUGAUAUUGGUCCACAAAAUAAGAAAAUAGCAUUAUUGAAAUCGAGACAUUUUGCUAGUCAACCACAAAUAGAGAUUGAGAGAGAUUUGGGUAGUUCAGGAAGUGAUAUAUCACGAAAUUUGUUUAGAUUGUUAAGAGAAGUGGAUGAGUUGAAUGUUGAUUUGAUUUUAGUUGAAGGGAUAGAUGAAUCAGAUGAAGGAUUGGCAGUGAUGAACAGAUUGAGUAAAGCAGCAUUAGAAAUUGUUGAUGGGAAUGUCACCAACGGUGUAAUUGCCUGA